CUUUCCAUGUUGUUGUGUUGUGGUCUAUCAGUGCUAAUGAAUGGUAAUGUGAAAAACUUGAUUAUUCGUUUCACUUUGAUAUUUUUUAAACCUAUAAGUUGGAGUAGGAUAAGUCUCACUAUUGUUGCCCUUGGAUAUUUUUAGAUGAAAAAGGGAGCUGGCAAUCAGAGUAAAAUAGACGAGGAAGCAGCAGAGAAGAGGAAUUUCGCAAACUUUUUCCCACCUUUCACUCCUCCUCGCAUUGGCUCCAUGGACCCACUGUCCUCCAUCCCUUCUCCUCCUCCUUGGACGUUUUUUGAGAACGAUAAAGGCGAUUGUCUGGAUGUCAAUGCCAUCACAAACAUGUUGAUGAUGUGGUACAUGUGUGGCUUCCAUACUGGCUCCUACCUGGCUCAGCAGAAAUCUAAAUCCUCCUCUAAAGACUAACUAAAAGAUCACCCCUGAAAAUGCAUGAAGACUGAGGGUCGGGGAGAAAAGGCAACAGUUUGUUGUUCUGGCUUUUCGUUUGGACCUUUUUGGAACAAAGAAGCACUUUUUUUUAUUUUUUUUAUUUUUUUGUGGUUUAAACAUUAUUUGAUGCUUUGGGGAAAAAACAAUCUUUGGAAAUUGUAUAGGUUAGUUGUUUUGUUCAAGGUUAUUAAACACUUUUUUUUUUUUUUUUUUCAUUGUAAAUUACAUGAGGCUUUGAAAGGAAAUUAGAUUAAAAUUUUAGUAAAGCUAAAAUCAUUUGUUGAAGAGAAAUAGUUGUGUAUGUAUUACAGAUUCAUGCAUUUUCAUUGUAUUCGGAUAUUAAAUCCUGUUUAUUGAAGGACCUGGGUUAAA